AAAUUUACAUCUGGCCACACUAAUCGUAAUACACGAAAACUAAACAAAUUUCACAGAUAAAUUUCACAGAUAAAGCUGAAAUUCUCACGUCGCAGUACAAAAUUAAAGUGAAAUUGCUGCUACUACCUCUCCUACAUAGAACGGCGCAGAAAAUGACACGCGGCAAUCAACGUGACCUGGCCCGCGCAAAGGCCCAGAAGAAGCUGGCCGAUUCCAACAAGGGCAAGCGCACCGACAACCUCACCGUGGAGCAGCGAAAGGCCAGGGAUGCCGAGAUGAUGCGUGAAAAGCAGAAGAAGAAGGAGGACGCCGCCGCCGCCGCUGCCGGGACCAGUAAAUAGUGACGCCGGGAAGCUGGCACUGCUGGGGUUGCCGGCAGAAGGUCACCGGCAGCACUCAGUUGUUAGGGAUUUAGUCACUCGCGAGCCGGGACCGGAGCGGCGCCCCAGGACGACCACGUGGUUAAUUGUACAUGAGCAGCACACAACACGACGAGAAUUGUAUACAUUUCAACGCUACAACUACGCAUAGAGAUAUUACCGGGCUGUACAGCACGCGCCAUGGCAGCGGUAGGCCAGCCCGGCAAGGACUUUGAUUUCAGUUUUGUUUCGGGUUUCGUUCGUUCAUCGAUUGCUGCUGGAACCCCCAUUAAGAACUCUUAUUUCUCCACCUACCUGACUAAAUUAUUUACUGUAAUAUAUAUAUAAAUUUUCAAAUAAAACAUAAUAUGCAGCCGCCAGACAGUCAGAUGCAGUAGUUGCCGCGUUGCCUUGCUAAAUAUUA